CAGGAAGAAAUUUAGCAAGAGCUUUAACGAACAAUAAAUUCAUCACUGAUUUGAACUUAAACGAUAAUUAUAUUGUUCAUGAAUUAGGUGAAUUUUUAAUGACUAUUUUAUCAUACAACAAUAUUACUAGUAUAAGUUUAAGAUCGACUAAGAUCAGCUCUGAAAUGGUAACGGUCUUAUCACAAGAUUUAAAGUUGAAUAAAGUCAAGCUCCGGUAUUUAAAUUUGAGUCGUAACAAAAUUAGUAGUGAUGCAAUGGUAGCUUUAAUAGAAGCUUUAGAAGAUAAUACGACUCUAAGAAAUUUGGAUUUAAGUGAUACUGCAGCAGGACAAAUAGGGCGAGAAUUAGCAAAGUCUUUAGAAAAAAAUAACAAACUAAAAAUAUUAAAUUUAAGCAACUGUAAUAUUCGUGUUAAUGUAGUAAAUGCAUUAGAAAAUGCUUUACGAACAAAUGACACACUCUCUGACCUAGAUCUAAGUUACAAUUCAUGUUCAAUGAGUAACUUGUUGAAAGCUUUAGAGACAAAUAGUUCACUCACUAAACUGGAUAUAGGUCAUAGAGAUUUCCAUUUAGAAGAAGUAGAAGCUUUGGCGAAUGCUUUAAAAAUAAAUAAUACACUUACUCAUCUAUAUAUAAGUAAAACUAUGGAUGAUCCUGAGAUCGGAUAUGCCUUAUUUGAAGCUUUAGAAGUGAACAAGAGACUUACUGAUUUGGAUUUGAAGUAG